UAACUUUUCUGCCUUCUCUAACUUAAAGCAAAUAUGAGUAAGAUCACAGCUCUGUUCUUCACGGUUCUGUUCCUCUGCUACAUGGUUACCCACUCUGCACGCCCUGAACCAGUUUUUCACAAGGAAUCUUCUGCAGUAACGCACCAUCAGGAAGUUGAGGCAGUUGACGAGAGUUGUGAAGGCAUUAGAGAGGAGGAAUGCUUAAUGAGGAGGACACUUGUCGCUCAUAUAGACUAUAUUUACACGCAGAAGCAUAAUCCUUGA